UGGAAAUGUGUUUUAAUAUAUUGUUAAUAUUUUUUGAUUCUUUAAAAAUUUGAUAACCAUCAAUAAUUUUGUUCAUUUUAAACUAUCAUUAUUAUCGUCAUCGAUUAUGUUUCACGAAUUAUUGAUAUAUAUGUUUUAAUGCAAUUCGCGCGCAAAAAGUUACUCGAGAGAAAAGGUUAGAUUCGUGAAGCAAAGAGAAAAGUGUUCGGUGAAGAAAUUCGAGAAAGUUGUACUUACAAAGAGAAAUAUUCGAAAAAUAAGAAGCAAAGAAAAAUUAAUUGUGACUCUAGUGAAUCUUAUGAUCUCUAUUGUUGAUUAGAUAUUAGAUAUUUUUUAAUAUAAUUUUAUUCAUUAUUUUUGUGUUCAUAACAUUGAUAUAAUAUAAACAUACCAAAAUAAUUGAUCAUUUUUGAUUUUUAUAACAAAUAAUAAAACUUUAGUGUAUCUAAAAUAGAGAAUUCAAUUGUUUACGUUCGAGAAUUAAUCAUCUUUAGUGAGAUUGUGUUCAAUUGUAUAUGGUGAAAAGCAAAAUGGUGCAAUAUGCGAUAAUUGUAAAAAAUGCUAGAAAAGCAUAUGGAGAGAAGGCAGUUAUUUUAAACAACUUGAAUCUUUCUGUUCCUUCGAACACAAUAUAUGGUUUACUAGGCGCCAGUGGUUGUGGCAAAAGUACUCUACUUUCUUGCAUAGUUGGCGUCAAAAAAUUAGACAGUGGUCAAAUUACGGUACUUGGUGGUGAACCUGGAAGUAAAAGUUCCGGAAUCCCAGGACCUCGUGUUGGUUAUAUGCCUCAGGAUAUUGCAUUGGUCGAUGAAUUUUCUGCAAUAAAUUCCUUUCAUUUUUUUGGAAGAAUCAAUGGCCUAGGAAGUGAAGAAAUUGAAAAUAGAUUUUUGGAAUUGAAGGAUUUACUUCAGUUACCACCAAGGGAUCGUUUAAUAAAACAGAUGAGUGGUGGUCAACAAAGAAGGGUAUCGCUUGGCGUAGCUCUGCUUCACAAGCCAGAAUUAUUAAUACUUGAUGAGCCCACUGUAGGUUUAGAUCCACUUCUAUGUGAAAAUAUCUGGAAUCAUUUAGUGGAAAUCACGAAAAUGGGUACUACUGUGAUAAUAACUACGCAUUAUGUCGAAGAAACAAAACAAUCAAAUACGAUUGGAUUACUGAGAGGUGGACAAUUGUUAGCUCAAUCAUCACCGACUGAAUUAUUGACGCGAUUUCAAACCGAUUCAUUGGAGGAAGCUUUCUUGACUUUGAGCCAACAGCAAUCACAAAAUCCACAUUCAAGUUUCGAGCAAUCUACGAUACAGCCUAUAGAAGAAAUGCAUGAAGUGAUGACCUUUUCGGGAAAUCCUGAGUUUAAACGAAUUUUAAAAAGCAGUUGGCAAUCAAGGAUGUACGCUUUACUACUUAAGAAUAUAUUUCAAUUUAUACGUAAUCCAGGAGGAAUCUUAUUUGCGUUAUUAUUACCAAUGAUACAAAUAAUAACAUUUUUCAAUGGAAUUGGUGGAGAUCCGAAAGAUUUAAAGAUAUUUAUCAUAAAUGAAGAAGCAGGAAAUUGUGAUGGUGGAAGAAUUCUAGGAAAUAUUAUGUACGAUGAUUAUGAAAAAAAUUGCUAUUUUACUGAUAUUAGCUGUAGAUUUAUAAAAGGAAUAAAUAAUACUGUUUUAGAGAAGAUGUUUUACGAAAACUAUACACAAGCGGAGUUGGAAAUUUCAGAUUUUUCAAGCGUCGGAAUAAUGCAUUUCGAAAAGAAUUUUUCUCUUGCUUUGGAAGAAAGGAUAAAAGAUCCUUUAAAUAUGCCUGAUAAUUUAAUUUCCGUCUCUCAGAUUCAUGUUGGCCUAUAUAAUCCAAAUAGACAAAUUAAUUUAUUUGCACAACGAAAACUAUACGAUGAUUUUCUCACAGAGUACCAGAAUAUAUUAAAAGAGUGUGGAAUUGAAAAGAAAUAUGGCAAAGCACCUAUUAAGUUUGAAAAUCCUGUUUAUGGUACGCUGGAACCACAUUAUGAACUUUUUGUUUUUCCAACUUAUAUACUAAUAAUGUUACACAUUGUGGCAACAGCCUAUUCUUCAACUAUAAUUAUAAGUGAUCGUCAUUCUGGCGUUUGGAAUAGAAUCUUAGUACAAGGUGUUAAAACGGCAGAGGUUCUCUUUACCCAUAUGAUAUGGCAAUGUUUUAUAAUUAUACUUCAAGUCACAUUCAUGUUAUUACUCACUUUUUUGGAAUACGAUACACAUUGCGAAGGAUCAAUAAUUGUCGUUAUUUUCAUGACUCUAUUCGCAGGAAUUGCUGGAAUGGCAGCUGGUUUCUUUAUAUCAGUGGUAACUAAUAAUCAAUCUUUGGCCUGCUACAUGUCAGUAGGGACAACUUAUCCAUUAACACUCCUUAGUGGACUAAUAUGGCCGAUUGAAGCAAUGCCAAUAGGUCUUCGGUGGUUUGGAUUAAGUAUGCCUGUGACAAUGCCAGGAAUAUCAUUAAGGAAAGUUAUGCAAAAAGGAAUUUCUAUUGAUAAACCAGAAAUAUUCACAGGAUUUUUUGUGAUUAUUGGAUGGAUUUUGGGUCUUUUAACGUUUUCCUUAUUUUUAUUAAAAAAAAAGAUGUAA